AUGGAUAAUGACAUGAAAAUAUUUCGAUGUAUUCAUAGUGAUCAAAUAAUUCAACUUUCAAAAUAUAAUGAUUCAAAAUGUGACUGUUGCGAUGGAUCUGAUGAAAUAGAAAACGUUAAUGUCCAUUGUAAAAACACUUGUCCGGUUAAUUUAUCAUUCUUUACAGACGAAAUUAAAAAUUUAUUUCAAAAUUCAAUUCAACAAUCGAUAUACAACAUUCAUAGAGUUGAUGAAGUAUCCCAAAUAUAUGAAGAUGUUAAAAGGAAACUACGACUAGAGCAAUUAUACGUUCAAAAUCUUUAUCAAUCCUCAAUUAUAAAUACUUCAAUACUUUCUUCAAGAAUAUUGAAUGAAACAAGCGCGUGUUUAGGUAUCCAUAACAUGACUGAGUAUAUGGACAAAAAAUACACUCAAUUUUUUAAAAUUGCUGUCUUAACACUGAAUUUAACGAAAAUGUUAUGUGGAUGGGAAGAAGAAAAAGCUCAAAUAGAAAAUGAUCUUUAUAAAAAAGUACUUCUCAACGCAUACAGAACGUUGAAUUUCACUUAUAUGAUAUUUUUUUCGAAUUUACUUGUCGAAAAAGAAAAUUUAAUACAUCAAUCUGCGAAAUACGAAAGUGAAUAUUCGAGAUUAGGCUAUGAUUUGAUGAAUUUUUCAUCAUUUAUGAAACAAUUUUUAUCAGGAGAGCGCGAAUGGCUUGAUUACGCCACGAGGAACGUUACAAUAUCAUAUCCUUGCGUAGAAGGAUCGAUUACUCUGAAUAAUAUCAUUAAUUUGACUUAUUCUGAGUUUAAUCAGACUACAAACUUUAAUUUGACGUAUUACGGAAAGAAUUUAAUAUAUGAAUCAGAAGAGAACCAGAAGAUAAUACUAAAACCAAUGUGUUACGAUCGAAUUCGAGGAUUUUCCAUACAUCCCAUCAAUGAAAACGUUUCUUUAGCAGAAUUCGGUUCACCAAUCGCAUGUCCGACCGAAUACUCCGAUGAAAAUUUUAUUGAAUUCAUUAGAAACCUUCAAUUUUAUGGAUAA